AUGGAAAAAGGUCAAAGACUCUUAAAUGAGUUCUGGAGAAUUUGGAGAGACGAAUAUUUGAUAUGUUUACGUGAACGUAUGCAGGCAUUCUUAAAAGCGGGGAGGGUUGUGUCACAAAAUGGACCAAAAGUUGAAGAUAUAGUGCUUAUUAAAGACAACACACCAAGAGGUAGUUGGAAGAUUGGGAAAAUACAGGAACUGUUGUUUAGCAGAGACGGCGAAGUCAGGUCUGCUAAAAUCAAUUUACCGUCCGGGAAAGUGCUCGGUAGACCACUCAACCGUUUAUAUCCAGUGGAAUGUAGCACUACAGAGCCGGAACAGACGAAAAAAAAAUCUGCUGAAUCUGAAAUCGACAAAAGAGCAAACCGACCUAGAAAAAAACCCAGUGGAAUUGGCAAAAAACAAGAUAAAAGAAAGUGUUUAACUUAUGGAUAA